AUGCAUCCACCUAAAACGAAAGGUGUAGGUGAAUGCCAUGAAGGUAUUAAAGAACUUAAUGAAACAUACGGUGAUCUCAGUGGUAUUGAACAAAAGCUCAAAACAAAUUUAAUAACUGGUAUAUCUAGUGAUGAAACUGAUUUAGCCAUACGUAUAGUUGUCUUUGGUCGUUAUGAAAUUCCAAAGCAAUUACCAACAACAUUUUUUUGUCUUAUGUUUGAUGCUUUAAAAAAUCAAACACUUGUUACACUUAUUAUAUGUGCUAUCAUUUCAUUUGUCUUAUCAUUUUAUCAUCCAAGUGGAGAAACAUUUGAAGCUAAAGUUUUUUAUAUGAUUCACAAUAUAAUUAAAAAUUAA